AUGAUGAAAUUUGGUAAAUUUUGCAGAUUAGGUGAAUACAAAGUAGCUAUUAAAAGUAUUGCAAGUUCAUUUUGCAAUAUAUCUGAUGAACAUAAAACUUCAGAACUUUUUAGAGAGCCAAUUGCGCUUGUAGUAUCAGCAAUUUCGAGUAGAAACGACAUAGUAAAUUUUGAUGUUCUUAGAUGUUAUGGAUUAAGUAAAGAUCCUAAUACCAAAUCUUAUUUGAUCGUUACACAGUUAUGUAAAUGUGAUCUUUGGAAGUAUAUAGAACAGAAUUUUGGUAAGAUAGAUUGGUUUGAAAAAUUACGAAUAUUAAUGGAGACCGCUAAUGGAUUAAAGACAAUACAUUCUGCUGAUCUCAAUGCAGAUUUGGAAAUUUCUAUUGGACAAUAUUAA